UCUCCUCCAUGGUCGAUGAAGGAAUCAAUAUCCCUAGCAUCGCUCUGCUAGCGCCUCUUCGCAGCGGCGGCAGAGGCCGCCGUCGUGAACACGAACACGACGGCACCUCGAGCGUGGCGGCGGGAAUCCAGGCGGUGGUGAGGCAGACAAGCGAGUUCGCGGCCCAGUGUCCGGACACAAUCAUUAUCAUGAAUGGAUUAUUCCCAGGGAGGGUAAAUCAUGGACGACUCCUUCUGCGGGGGGCCGGACGGGUCCAGCCUGAACUUGACAGGUACACUUAUAUCGGACGCUGUGGCUAAGGACGUGGCGUCGAAUAUCCUUAUGGGCGACCCACGCUAUGUCGCAGGACUAUCCUUCAAUGUCUGGAAUACUACAGCAGGCGGCGUAAGUACACACAUACAUAGGUACAUAUAUACGUACAUACAAGCACUGGCCGUGCAUGCGAGGGCGGUGGUGCUAACAACGGCUCGUUCCCUGUCUAGUUCGCGGCCCGCCCACCGGUUUCAAAUGUCCAGCCUUCAGAGCAGAAUACAGUCGUACUACGACUCGCCAGACCCAUUCUGCUCCAAUGGCACGAGCCCCGAACACCACCAAGGCUACGGGAGGGAAUAUGGCGCGGAUGCUCUGGCAUUCGUCGUUAGCAAGAAGAUCGUAGGGUGAGUUCAGUACGAGAACAGAAGAAAGAAAUGCUUAAGGGAAGGGGAUUUUGUGACGAGCAGUUAGGUAGUUUACCUUCUUACACGCCCGCUGGCUG